AACACAAAGAGGAGAGAAGAGGGAGGCUGUGCCAACAGGAUCAAACUUCCCUCCCAUCAGUAACAGCAGCAGCGUGCUGUGAGUGUAAAUGUGUGUGUGUAUGUGUGUGUGUGUGCAGUCAGAUCCUUGUGCAAAUGCGCAGUGAGAAAGACCUCCCCAGUCCACACUGGUUCAGUAUUUUGGAGCCUAACCUGUGGGUCGGUGCACCGCUGUGAAAAGCAUGAAAACUGGGAUCCAGCAGUUCACAGAACGAGUGAGAGGAAGGUGCGCACCAACGAGCUGAACCCUCAGGGCUGUCAAUAGGGAACCAUGUGUAGCUCCCUGAGCCCCAAACAGCCAAGUGGCCCCGGCCUCACAGAUAUGCAGCAGUACCACCAGUGGCUGGCCAGUCGACAUGAAGCCAGCCUGCUGCCCAUGAAGGAAGACCUGGCCCUGUGGCUCACUAACAUUCUCGGUCUGGAAAUCACCGCUGAGAGCUUCAUGGAUCGCUUAGACAAUGGCUUCCUGUUGUGCCAGCUGGCUGAGACACUACAGGAGAAGUUCAGGCAAAGUAACGGAGACCUGCCUACUCUUGGCAAUAGCAAGGAGAGUAUUCCCUAUCAGAAGAUACCAUGUCGGCGGAGCGCUCCCUCCGGAUCUUUUUUUGCACGGGACAACACAGCCAACUUCCUGGCCUGGUGUCGUAAGGUUGGAGUUGGAGAAACAUGCCUGUUUGAGUCAGAGGAUUUAGUUCUUCAUAAGCAGCCACGAGAAGUGUGCCUGUGUCUUUUAGAGUUGGGACGGAUAGCAUCACGGUACAAUGUGGAGCCUCCAGGCCUUAUAAAGCUGGAGAAAGAGAUUGAACAAGAAGAGAAAGCACCUCCACCUCCAUCGCCUCCACCACCUCCAUCACCUGUAUCCCCAGCUCAGCCCCUCCCUCCAUCUCCCUCUUUAUCCCCUACCCAAUCUCCUUCCCCAUCUCCAACUCCUCCUCCUGCCAAAGUCACCUCCAGCAAGAAAAGCACAGGGAAGCUGUUGGAUGAUGCCGUAAGACACAUCGCUAAUGAUCCCCCCUGCAGAUGUCCAAAUAAAUUCUGCGUAGAUAGGCAGUCACAGGGCCGAUACCGUGUUGGGGAGAAGAUGCUUUUUAUCCGGAUGCUGCACAACAAGCAUGUGAUGGUGCGUGUUGGUGGAGGUUGGGAGACCUUUGAGAGCUACCUGCUGAAACAUGACCCGUGCCGCAUGCUCCAAAUCUCCCGGGUGGAGGGCAAAAUGUCCCCCGUCAGCAGCAGCAAGUCCCCCAAUAUCAAAGACCUCACCCCUGAUAGCUACCUGGUGGUUGCAGCCCACUACCGCAGCAAAAAGUGAAGACAUGCGAAUGAAAAGUGCCAUUAAUAAUAAACUUGACACAGAGGAUGCUGAUCUUGCCGUUGUUUAAUACUGCCUAAUGGAUGUGGCUAUGCAACAUAUCCCUGUUCUCAUGCAUAUUAUGGCUACAGACACAGCUGCAUUCAUGGAGAGCACACUCUGAUUGUGAUGCUUUGGUUUUGUUUUCUCUGUCAAAGAGAACUCAUUCAUAGGGGUGUUUGUGAGCAGAUGAAGCCUGGGUAGGCCUUUAACAAUGUGUUGUAUUUUACAGAACAGCUUUGAAAAAAGUGUCAAUCAUCACAAUCACAUAUAUAUUGUGUGUAGCUAUACAAUGUACAUGAGUUUUUUUUUUUUUGGUAUUUUAAGCAAUAUAUCACUUGUAGUUGGUAGAAUCUUUUCAGGUUUUAGCACACCUGCUCCUUUCAUAUAGUCAGUUGGGCCUAUGGUACAUGGCUGUAGUCAUACAUCCUAAUGAAGUGAAUGAAAUUAAGUAAGUGGUGGAGGUUUAAGGACACUGAAGAAGCCAAUUUUCCUUGGCAACCUACUAGACAUUUUCCACUAAGGAAAUGUGCUGUUAAACCCCUUUUUGUAAAUCCGCCAUUGACUGGUGUUGUUAUCCUAAAUGCCUCACAGUACAUUGAAUACACGUGUGCCUAGCACUCAAGUUGCAAGCUGAACUUUAGCUAUGACAUCAGAGGAAUACGUGGAAACCUAACUGUCCAAAGAACUGUAAUUUACCAAAUCUUUAAAUGAUACUGUACAGUAUUCCUGUGAAAACCACCAAAUAUCUCCUUGAAACCAAACAUUGCUCAUAAAAUGUUAUGGCUUUUUAUUUUUGACAUAUUUUGUUUAUUAGGCUGAGACAAUGAGCAAAGCUUAGAGUGUUUACAUGUUGAAUAACUAUUCUAUGCAAUGCAUUUUUAUACUAUUAGCAUUUUUAAUAAUUAUUCAUGAUAAUGAUAGCUCCUGUUUUGUAUAAUUUCUAUUUUAAGAACAUGAACAAUCACCUGUACAUGAUGCAGUAUGUAGUUAUAUAGACCCUAAUUGAUUUAUGGCUGGUAAUGUUACACAUUUACUCAUUUGGGGUUCUUUAAUUUGUUGUAUACUGACCUCUAGAGGUAGUGAAAUCAUUGAUGAAUAACUUAUAUUUUUGAGGUUUAGAUCCUUACAAUUAAUAGAUAUAAUUCACAACAUUAUGAUUUAAUCUAUUCAUAUUUUCCCCCUCGUAAAUUAAUAAUGGGUUUGGGAUGAGAUCACUGGUUAUGCAAAGUAAUCAACACGCUUGUAUGUGAAGUACAUGUGUCCAAUUUCUGUUUUAGAUGUAAAUUUUCAAUAAAUUCUCAAAAGCGUA